GCCCCGGGGACGGUGGCCAGCAGCAGCGCAACGACGACGCAGGAGGCGGCGACAGCCGAAGAAGCCAUUGUUGGGGUAUGGAGGCGGUGACGCAGAGCAUAUAUUACUGCUACUACGCAGGUUACUGUACAUGCAACAAGCCAACAAGGCAACAAUGCCGUCACUGCUCUGCUGCACGGACCUGCCAUUGCCGUGGGAUUCCAUGGAGUGGCAUUGAAGCCUAUCGCUAAAGUUUGAACUGCCCCGUGUACGUGCCUGCUCGCCGCGCCAUCCCUCGGAUCUCGCAGCUUUCUCCCACGUCCUCCAUUCCCCUGAGCCAAAGAAUCUCUCCAUCCUUGAUAUGGUUUGAUGCGGCCUGCAAGCUGCAGCCAUGUCCAGUAGUCGAGGCAGAGGCAUCCUCCUCGUCCUCCUCUGCCUCUUCUUGAUCGCGUCCUCUUUUACAGGUCUCCUCUUCUUGAUCAGCGGCAAUGGCGAGAAGAGGAGAGAUGAUGGAGAUGGUGACGAUGAGAAGGUGAGGCUGCUGCUUGGUAUCAAUGUUCUGGGCGAGAGGCCUGCGAGUCUGGGUAAGCAGCAUCGGCAUGGGCAUGGAGAUGGCGUCACCCCGGCCCCGGCUCCGGCUCCGGCUCCGGCUCGUGCCCACCUGCCGCCACCGCCGCUGCUGCACAAGAACGCGCGGCUCCCGGUCCCGGGGAAGGUCGGCCACCGGAGGGGCAACAACACGGCGCACAGUCCGCGCAGUGCGGCAAGCGAGCAGGGCGUGAAGAAAAGCACGCCGCUUGUCGUCGUGGCCGCGGCGGCGGCGCUGUCCGGCGCGGCGCUGGUGCUGCUCGUCGUCCUCGUGGUGUUCCUGGCGUGCCGGAGGUUUCAGAGGAGGACCAUGCCGACUGCUGACCAGAGCGGCACCAACAAGGUGAGCUUCGAUCCUGGGCCGGACCUGUUCUACCUGGACGCCGUGAAGCCGUACGACGGGGGCGAUCAUGGCGGCGGCGGUGUAAAGACGCCGGAGAUGGCCGGGGCGCCGAAGGAAGAGCCCAAGUGCGAGGAGGAAGACAGCGGAGCUUUGUCCGACGACGGCGCCGACUCGGUCCAUUCCUCGUGCUGCUUCCACUCGUCGCACUUCUCCUACUCCGAGCUCCGGGACACCAAGGCUGGAAGCAAUGGCAUUUCGCCAACGCCGUCCGGCCGGUCAAGACGCCGGAGCUCCGCCCCUCCGACGCCUUCGGAGAAGAUCAAGGCUGCAAGCCCUUAUUCGCCCCAGGUCCCGCGCACGCCGAGCAAUCGGGAGCGAUCGUUUCGCACCCACUCCCCGAGCUCGUCGAUGUCGGAGUCGAUAUCUCAGGUGCUCAAGGAUCAUGAGCUCCGGCGAGCCGUCCAUUCCCUGAAAUUUCCAGAAGCGCAGAGCGAGAGCACGCGCCAUGUCAAGGAAGACGAAGCCGAAUCAGGCUCCGCGUGUUCGGAUGCUGCAAGCAGAAAUAUACCGCCGCCGCCUCCACCACCACCACCACCUCCUCCUCCGCCGCCGCCUCCAUCACUCCCACCUCCGACGGCAGUAACACAGCAGCAAGAUGUCAAGACAAGUCAUGGACCGGCCGUUCCCGCACCGCCGCCGCCGCCACCGCCACUCCUCGCACCGAAACAGCAGAGCAGCGGCGGCCCAAGCCUCCCGCCGCCACCUGCGCCGCCUGGUCUGUUCAGGCCGAGCACGCCGGCGGUCGGGAAGAACGGCGCGCCGCUGCCGAAGCUGAAGCCGCUUCACUGGGACAAGGUGCGCGCCGCGCCCAACCGGCGGAUGGUGUGGGACAGGAUCCGAUCGAGCUCAUUCGAGUUGGACGAGCAGAUGAUCGAGUCGCUGUUCGGGUACAACGCGAGGUGCUCGACGAAGCACGAGGAGGUGCAGAGCCGGAGCCCCUCGCUCGGCCACCACGUCAUGGACGCCAAGAGGCUGCAGAACAUCACUAUCGUGAUGAAGGCCGUCAACGCCACCGCCGAGCAGAUCUUCGCCGCCCUGCUGCACGGCAAUGGCCUGUCGGCGCAGCAGCUGGAGGCACUCAUCAAGAUGUCGCCGACCAAGGAGGAGGUCGACAAGCUGACCGGCUACGACGGCGACGUCGACGGUCUCGUCCCGGCGGAAAGGCUCCUCAAGGUGGUGCUCACGAUACCGUGCGCGUUCGCGCGGGUGGAGGCGAUGCUGUACCGGGAGACCUUCGCCGACGAGGUCGGCCACAUCAGGAAGUCGUUCGCGAUGCUCGAGGACGCGUGCAGGGAGCUGAUGUCCAGCAAGCUGUUCCUGAAGCUGCUGGAGGCCGUGCUCAAGACUGGGAACCGGAUGAACGUCGGGACGGCGCGGGGCGGCGCCAUGGCGUUCAAGCUCGACGCGCUGCUCAAGCUCGCCGACGUCAAGGGCACCGACGGGAAGACCACGCUGCUGCACUUCGUGGUGCAGGAGAUGACACGGUCGCGCGCCGCCGAGGCGACGGACAUCGCCGCCGGGCUGAGCGCCGAGCUCACCAACGUCAAGAAGACGGCGACCGUCGACCUGGACGUGCUGACCACCUCGGUGUCCGGCCUGUCGCACGGCCUGUCCCGGAUCAAGGAGCUGGUGGGGAGCCACCUGCCCGGCGACGAAAGGAGCCAGUGCUUCGUCGCCUUCAUGGCGCCCUUCGUCGCCCACGCAGGCGAGGUGAUCCGGGACCUGGAGGACGGCGAGCUCCGGGUGCUGGCGCACGUCAGGGAGAUCACCGAGUACUACCACGGCGACGUCGGCAAGGACGAGGCGAGCCCGCUCAGGAUCUUCGUCAUUGUCAGAGACUUCUUGGGGAUGCUAGAGAGGGUGUGCAAGGAGGUGAGGGGCGCGAAGAAUUGCCAUGGCGGGAAUCCUUCCCUGAACAAUGUAUGAUACCGCAAAACUGGGGAAAAAAGAACAGCAUUGUAGUUCUUGGCCUUUCGGUUGUUCCUUCAGAAGUGAUUCCAGAUUAGAUCAGAGUUCAUUCAGAUUACAAGCAUCCAUCUCUUCUUCCUUCAGAAGUGCAUUCUACAACCAUAAAGUCUG